AUGCUGAUAAAGGAAUGUCUAAAAGAUUUGGUGAGUACAGUAGAUGGUGUUUCCGAAACAGUAAACAGCAUUCUAGCGGAACAGAAAGCUAUCACGGCACGUGUUGUGUCAGUAGAAAAAAGGGUAGACGAGUUAGAAAAUGGAACGACUUUUAUUGACAAAGAAGUAACUAAUGUAAAGUCCAGGCUUGCCGAGCUAGAAAAACAUGUAGGUCAACUGCAUAGAGAAUUAUCAGUGGCAAACGAGAAAAUUACAUCAAAUGGUAAUGCCCAACUCAACCUGGAGCGUUACUCUCGUAAUUAUAACUUGCGGUUUGGUGGUAUACCGGAACAAAGCGGCGAAGAUUGUGAGAAUGUUAUUAGAUCACUUAUUAAAGACAAAUUUAGUAUUCCUGACAUUGCGAUAGACAAUGCCCAUCGCACACUUGUUGUGUCAAAGAGCAGAGAUUCUUCUCGUACUUCACCUAGACAUAUCAUCGUCAAGUUUCCACUACGAUUGCAGCGCCGGAAAAUUUUAUCUAUGCGCCAAGAAGUGUUAAAAAACACCAGUAUACUUGUGCAAGUGGAUCUUUGUCCAGCAGACUAUAACAUUAAACGAAGUUACCGCGACGUAAUGAAUAUAGCUUAUAAGGAUGGUAAACGUGUCCGUUUUCAUAACGGCAGGUUGUACAUAAAUGACAAAGAAUAUGUCAAACCAGGCACAUAA